AUGAAUAGACUUUUAAAUCAUUUACAAAUUGAAAUUCAAAUGGAUUUUUUCAAUCUUGUACAGACAUUUCUUUUUCUUUUGUAUAUAUCUAAACAAUGUACAUCAGUUUGUAAAUUAUCAAAUGAUUAUAAAUAUUAUCAUUCAAAUAUUCAAGAAAGUAAAAUUAAACGAAAUGUUUUUAUAAAACAACUGAAAGUGAUACCCUACUACACAGAAACUAUUAGACAACAUGCUCAUUUCGAAAUAAUACGAGGUUUCAACUCGGAAGCUUUCAGAUAUAUGAGAGACGAGCGUGGUGAACCAAGAACGAUGCGUGAACCUGCUACGAAUGAGCCUAUUUUAACGGAUUCACUAGGAUACAGAAUUCCAGACGAAUCAGUUUUAAGCAAUGUUACUCGUAUUUGGAAGUCUGCUAAAACAACAGUUUAUCGACAUUUGACUGCGCUUAAAACACCAAUGAUGCUGAAUGAAUUAAUGACUCCUCUCCUUUCAUCACGUUCAUAUAUAUCGAAAAUCACACUUGGAUUUUUCGAAGACACUGGAUGGUACCGUGUGGAUUAUUCAAAAGCUAAUCCAAUGGGAUAUGGUAAACAUCUUGGUUGUAAUUUCGUUAUGAAAAGUUGUUAUGAGUAUAUGCAACUUCAACGAGAAAGAAGACAAAGCUUUUACCCAUACUGUGAUCAAAUAAGCUUCAGUAACACUCUCUGUCUAAAGCAUGAAAAUGCAUAUGGUUUCUGCGAUCUGAAGCAAUAUUAUUCGCCUCUGCCACUUGAAUUUCAGUACUUUGAUGAUCCUAGACUUGGUGCAGCUGACCGUUACCGGGAUUAUUGUCCAGCUUAUGUGGUUAAGUGA